GGAAGUUCAUCACGAUUGCCUACUACGUCCCCCGAUAAGGGUUAUUAAUUCGCGGUUAACUUGAUAAAAAAUUAAUAACUAUGUUUUGGUUAAGUGAAUUAAUGCAAGUGAAUGUGAAAUUGAUAAAAAAUAUCAUGUGGAAUAUAAAUAUAUUGAGAAAAAACCAUAAAUCCAUUUCUAUCCUAUGGAAAUAUAAAAUUCUUCAUCAGUGGUCCCACUCAACAAUUUCAGUUAUUUAAACGUGAAUUUAGUGGUACCACAUAAUUUUCUAUGCCUAUUUACUGCUGCCGGGGUUGUCACAACGUCACUUUUGUGAUCUUCGAAAAUUAAACAUGGCGUCCGACGGAGUUGUUUAUUUGCGAAAAAGUGAACGGUAAUACCUUAUUAUCUCUAUCUGCGCAACUGUCCUGCUUGCUCUUCGAAUCCGAAGUACUGCUGUCAAAAAUAAAGAAGGAAAAAAAAUUGAAAACUAGAAAAUCCACGCCAUAUUUUAUUUCCUCCAUCAGAAUAAUUUUUUGUUACACCAAAUGAAAGUGUUUUAUUUUCAAAAGAGUUACAAUUAGUAAAUUAUCAAUUUGUUCAUUUGGCAGCGACGGAAAUUGUUCUUAAUAAUAAUUGAAAAGUGGCCGGUCGUAGGUAGCUCCAUCUAGCAGCAAAGAUGACACAGUACUAUCAAAUUGUACAAAACAUUGACGAACUGAAACGUCUCUAUCCGGACUUGAAUAUGGAAAGUAUGCAAGUUGUUCAGGUCACAGGAGACGAUGCCAAUACUCAGUCACGUCCUCAGGUUGUUUAUCAAACUGGAAAUCAAAAUACACAGCAGCAACCACAGCAACAACAGACAACACAGUACAUCUUGCAGGACGAUUCAGUUCACCAUCAACAACAGCAACAUCAACAACAACAGCAGCAGCAACAACAACAGCAACAUACCCAGCAGCAGCAUGUCUAUCAGCAAGUUCAGCAGGAACAGCGUCAUCAAAUACAACAGCAUCAUCAACCACAUCAGCAACAACAACAGUCAUUGUAUUAUACAUCCGAAAUGCAUCCCGGCAAUGCUGUCGUCCAGCAUUCGGCUCCCCAGCAACAGCAACAACAUCAACAACAGCAGCAACACCAACAACAGCAGCAGCAACAACAUGCCCAGCCCCAGCAAACACAUGCAGCUGCACAACCAACUCAGCAGAUUCUCUAUCGAAUGCCGGUAGCCCAGCAACAAGCAACCCAACAAACACAGCAGCUCCUAAAUAAUACUCAUGUAAUUGUGCAGCAAUCCCAACCACAGGUGCUCAUACAAACGACGCCCCAAACAAUUCAUCAGCCCGAAAUGAUUAUGCGCCAACAGAGAAUACUCUUCAAUCCAAGUCGCACUGUUAUGUAUACUCACCAGGCUACGCCUGCCCAAACUCAGAUACAACAGCAGGAUCAACAACAACAACAGCACAUGUUGCAAACCCAAGAAACAGUUCAUCAGCAACACACAAAUACCGUGGCGACGCAACAGCAGCACGUCCAAAUGCAACAGCCCCGUCUGGUGCCCCAUCCCAGACCCAUAGUAUCGGCUACUCAACAGCCCUCACAGAAUGUUAUCUUCCACCAGGUUCCAACUGGUCAGAAUGUAACAAUCCAACAGCCUCAAGGGGUUAUCUCAUCUCAACUUCGAAGUACUAUUCGGGCGAAAAUUCCAAGGGGUGGGAUGGCUCCUCGAGGGAUGGGACCACGUGCCGCCACGCCUAUGGGAACAAGUUCAACUGAAACAGUGAAGAUUCCCAAACCGCGAGCAAAUGCAUCAUCCACCCCGCGUGGGAACAGAGGUGGGAGAACAGUGCGUGGACGUGGUGUGUCCAAUGCAGCUCAACGCAGUGUAUCUGUUUCGUCUGGGCAAAUGUCUGUUGCAAAUUCUAACAAUUCAAAUGUCACAGUCACACUCCCCAAACAAUUAAAUCAAAAUGUCCCACAAACUGCAACAUACAAGAUUCAAACUUGCGACUACAUGGAUUCAAAUCAAAAAUACACAGCCAAUUCCGCUUCAACAAACACUCCAAUUAUGUCGACAACUGGCACUUCAACUUACAGUGGAGCUAACCUGAAAUUUCGAAUUCCUAAGGUAACAGCGGCAACAAACGACAGCCAGAACACGUCAUCAUCGAACACAAGUUCCGGCUAUCAAUCUAAUAGCAUGGACUUGGAGGAUAGUAUUCAAGCAGUAGUGGUGAAAAAGAACCAGGAGCAACCACAAGCUACGAGCAAUGCAGGCGUUCAAAUGGCCACAACCCUUACCACUUAUUACACUGAGAACGAAAGCGAUGAUGCUCGCAUGAUCAAAACCCAGAACGGUACUUGUAUGACUCUGAGCGAGUAUAAGAAGCGUAAUUCAUCGACUCUGAAAGUAGUUCAAGGACAACGACAUCAAACACAAACAACAGCAGCGGCAGCAGCAGCAGCCAACCAAACAAAUGUUGCCCAGAAAUUACAAUUGUCGAAUGCUGGCCAAUCGGCAACGACAUCAUCUCUGACCGGUGUUGCUCGCAUUGCUAUUCAACAGAAGACCGGCAAUAUUCAAGCCCCAGAACAGCAGACCAUGACCUUAUCGUCAAGUGUGCAGAAAACAUCGCACAACAACUACGAGAUUCAAACUCAACAUGUCAUUCAAAACCGAAGUAUUCAGCAAGUUCAAAACUAUUCUGAGAAAGACCGGAAUAGCGCCAAGAUGUUGGUUAUUUUGGCUUCCGGCGAACAGCGUUUGAUCACAUUCACAUUGCCGCGCGAAUCUUGCACUGUUCAGGACUUGCUCGAGCAAGUAGGAGUUCCGUUCGAUGACAAGACAACUAUUCAGUGCGUUGAGAGUCCCGGAGCCAAUAUUGACUUUGUUGUAACCGUGGGCUUCUCAGUCCAGGAAUCGGCUAGCGAACUUAUUUCCAAAGCCGAAGAAAGCAUCCAAAUGAGUCGGCAACAAGAGAGUGCCGCUUCUGCUGCCCUGCAAGCCCCCCAACAGGUUUUGAACACAAUCCAACGACCCAUGCAAGGAAUUGCCGCAGCUAGUACUUCAGCCCAGGCAGUUGUGGCUACGACAAGCUCCGAUGACACCAACAAGGAUCUGGCAAACAAAUCAAGUGAAGAAAUCCAGCGGAAGGUUAUUCAAGGAUUCCUUGCUGUGUGCCAGUAUUGCGGUUUCUGUGGAUACGAUCAUGCUAAAUGUGAACGUUGCAAGAGAGUAUUUGUUGAGGAUCCUAAGCGAAUGCCAUGUCAAAAGACAGCCGCGGCAGCAGCAGCAGCCAGCGCAGCCGCAGCAGCAACUGCUGCAGCUGCAAAUGCUGCUAAAGCUGAAGAAGAAAAGAAGCGAACUGCUCCGCCAGAAAUAUUGAAUCGCGCACAAACAAAAGCACUCGCUGCAUUAUCAGUCACCCCAACUCGAGGCGGUAGAAAUGCACCCACAUCGAGAGGACGCACCCGAAGUGGUCGUAGUAAACCAGCCGAAAGUGAGCCUGUUAUAUUGACUCUAAGUAGUGACGAUGAAGGUGAUGAUGAACAAUCCAAUAAGUCUGCACAUAAAGUUCCUGUUGUUAACACUGCUGCAGCUGCAGGAAAACCAUUUGCUUUUGAACCAGAUGUAUCUGCUGUUGAUGAAUCUCGUGUUUAUGCCGAAUUCCGUCGCGACAAUGUGGCAGACUCAGAAAAUGCAAUGGACAGUCUGUACACAUCAUUCACAUGCAAACUCAUUCGCAUUGGAACCCACCGUUUUGAAUCAAAAGAUGCUGUAAUAUUUACAAAGAAGGGGAUUCGUAUCUUUGCACCAAACUGCAGCAAUCUGACGGAUAUCGUUGCAUUAGAUAUUUACAAGCAAGAAAUUGUAAAGAUUGUUGCAUUUUUCUCAAAAUCUUUUUCUGUAAUGUUUAUCUAUACAAUGCGCAAAUGUUCCGAGUACAUAAGGGAAAGUCUUGAGAUGAAGCCUAAAAACACUGCACUCGAAACUCCUUACUUUAAUUCAGCUGAAAAGGGUGAUACGUAUAAUAAAAUAAUUUUACAAAUAGAAACAAUUUCGGAAGAAUCAAUUAAUGUUAUAAGGUCGAUUUAUAAGAGUAUUACUUUGGAGGAAAUUCAAUUCCAGGAUGCAAAUGAACUUCUGCUUCGAGCUGCUGCAAAAGAUAAAUAUGUUGUUAAUGCCAAUUCAAAUGAAAUUCGACUCGAUCCAAAUGAUAUUCGGCAAAUAUUAAUCUAUCCACCUGGCAAAGGCGGUAUUUCAAUAAAUACCGAGGAUUACAUGUGUCUAGCUACAGAUCAAUAUCUCAACGAUGUUAUUAUAGAUUUCUAUUUAAAAUGGUUACAUCAAAAUAUUGUCCCCGAGAAGAGUCGACAACGUACGUACAUCUUUAGCAGUUUCUUUUACAAACGUCUGACAACAAUGUCCACACGGCCGCGAGCACAAAGUGCAAAAGAUGUAAAACAAACGGCAGCUCAAAAGCGUCAUGCUCGCGUUGCUAAUUGGACAAAAAAUGUAAAUUUAUUUGACAAGGAUUACAUUAUAAUUCCCAUAAAUGAGCUGUCCCAUUGGUUUUUGGCGAUAAUUUGUUUCCCUAUGCUCAAGGGGCCGGUAACCUUUGACACAAAUGAACCGAUUACUGCGCAACAAAUGACAAAAAAGAAAAAAGGUUCAGAAAAAAAGGUGUCUCUUCAAAUUGGCAAUACAACAAUAACGCCGCUAUCAAAAAGAGACGAAACCGUAUGUUUGGGAGAAGAAGACAGCGAACGUGAUGAAGCCGAAGGCGACGAUAGUGAUUUAGCAUCCGAUGAUAGUGAUUUUGAGACUCCGAGUGCCAAUGGCUCACAGCGUCAAGCAAUAAAACAACCAGUUAUUUUAAUAUUUGACUCACUGGCGGGAGCAUCGAGAAGCCGAGUAGUAGCCACAUUACGCGAUUAUCUCACCUGCGAAUAUCAAGCCAAGGUUCAAGAUAGUCAGAAUCACUCCUACACUAAAAUUAACAUGCCCGGAAACUGCGUGAAGGUGCCACAACAAAAUAACUUUACAGAUUGUGGUCUCUAUCUGCUGCAGUAUGUUGAGCAGUUCUUUACCGACCCAAUUCGUGAUUACACAAUUCCCAUAAAGCAACUUGUCAAUUGGUUCGAUACAAUUGUUGUGACUAGAAAAAGAGAAGAGAUUUCAAAUUUAUUGGCUGAGUUAAUCCACGAAUACAAUCCUAGUCAGUUGCCGCUACCCAAAAUUCCCUUUCCCACGCUAAAUGGAGAACUUAUUGAUAGACCAGACGAAAGUUUUAGCGAAGAUCAGGUGGAAUUUGAAGAGGAAGAGAUGGAGGAAGAUGGCUUAGAAGAGGAUGACACAGCUGAAACAGAAUCAUCACCAGAAGAGCCCACAUCACGAGCAGAUAAAAAUAAUUCAAAUAUUGGAAGUUCGUCUUUGUCGCUAGCAACACUGCCAUCUCUUGGAAGAAAAAUAGUACUAAAGCGCAGUUUUUCCGGAACUGGCAUAACAGUAAAUGUGCGGAAAACUCCCAAGCUUGACCCAUAAAAACAACUAGCACGUUAUUAUGAUUAUUAUUAUUAUUCGUCGACUAUUAUAAUUAUUAUUAUUUUUAUAAACUAUCACAUAGGAGUAGAUUGCAGAGCGAUUCCUAUUUAAAUGUCUCUUUGCUGUCGUUGUAAAUAAAUUUAUAUAAAAAAAAAAACAAAAUAUUGAAUUAUUAAGUAAAAAAAAAAACAGAACAAAAUAAAACAAAAAAUGCUAACAAUUGAAUCUUUGCGAUUGUAAAACUAUCCAUUAAUUUUUGUUAGAAAUUUUAUUUUCUUUUUUAUCCUACAAGAUUUAGAAAUAAUAAAUUUAAAUAAAAAUUAAAAUCUAAAAAAAAUAAA